AUGGCGAUCCGCCGUGGGUCCUCCUGCGCCGUCCUCGCCCUGCUCGCGCUCGCCUCCGUCGCCGCCGUCUCCGCCGACGUCUUCUUCCAGGAGAAGUUCGAAGAUGGUUGGGAAAGCCGGUGGGUCAAGUCUGAGUGGAAGAAGGACGAGAACAUGGCUGGUGAAUGGAACCACACAUCUGGAAAAUGGCACGGAGAUGCUGAGGACAAAGGUAUCCAAACCUCAGAGGACUACAGGUUCUACGCCAUUUCGGCGGAGUACCCUGAGUUCAGCAACAAGGACAAGACACUCGUGCUGCAGUUCACGGUGAAGCAUGAGCAGAAGCUUGACUGCGGUGGUGGUUACGUCAAGUUGCUUGGAGGUGAUGUUGACCAGAAGAAAUUCGGUGGUGACACGCCCUACAGCAUUAUGUUUGGACCAGAUAUCUGUGGGUACAGCACCAAGAAGGUUCACACUAUCCUUACCAAGGAUGGCAAGAACCAUUUGAUCAAGAAGGACGUGCCUUGCGAGACUGAUCAGCUGUCGCACGUGUACACUUUGAUCAUCCGCCCUGAUGCUACAUACAGCAUUCUCAUUGACAACGAAGAGAAGCAAACUGGAAGCAUCUACGAGCACUGGGAUAUUCUUCCUCCCAAGGAAAUCAAGGACCCAGAAGCUAAGAAGCCAGAGGACUGGGAUGACAAGGAGUACAUUCCUGACCCUGAGGAUGUCAAGCCAGAGGGCUACGAUGAUAUUCCCAAGGAGGUCACCGAUCCUGAUGCUAAGAAGCCUGAGGAUUGGGAUGAUGAGGAAGAUGGUGAAUGGACUGCCCCAACCAUCCCCAACCCAGAGUACAAGGGCCCAUGGAAGCAAAAGAAAAUCAAGAACCCUAACUACCAGGGCAAAUGGAAGGCACCUAUGAUUGCCAACCCAGACUUCAAGGAUGAUCCUUACAUCUAUGCUUUCAACAGCCUGAAGUACAUCGGAAUUGAGCUGUGGCAGGUUAAGUCAGGAACUUUGUUUGACAACAUUCUCAUCACCGACGAUGCUGCUUUGGCCAAGACAUUUGCCGAAGAGACCUGGGCCAAGCAUAAGGAGGCUGAGAAGGCUGCUUUCGACGCUGCUGAAAAGAAGAAGGAAGAGGAGGUAAAGCUUCCAAGGCUGGUGAGGACGAUGAUGACUUGGAUGGAUGAGGAAGCCGACGACGAGGACAAGGAUGACAAGGCUGGGUCUGAUGCGGAGUCUGACGACGAGAAGCACGAUGAGCUCUAG